ACAAAUCACAUCAGCGGAGCAGCAGAGCCGUGUGGGCUGAAAGUUGAAGGAGAAGCGGCGGAGCUGCAGCCGAGACAUUCUGCCCAGCACCACGGACAGCGACCGAUUGGGAGCCUGAACAACACCUUUAAUCGAUGUUGGAGAAUCAUUGGAGAAUCAGAGGACUGAAUGAAUCAUUAGAACUUUAGUUCGAGGGAUCGACUAAUUUCAUCUGUGUACAGAAAGAGCCGGACUCUUCCAUUUCUCGCCAAAGUCUGCCUGGUUUUGUCCUGGUCUCUGCGUAAAUCUUUUCGUAAUGUGCCUUUGCAGGUGGGAUAUAUCAAGUCAAAGGCAAAGAUUUAAGAAACCUCUGGCAAAAGGCUUAACCUUUAGGCUAUAACGUACAAUCAUUCAUUCACUACCGUGCGUAAAAGCGGUGCCACUGCUGCCAGCGAGACUCCGGGUUUUGUGUCAGUGAUACCGAAAAGGCAAAGACAAAGAAGUGGAGGCAACAACGAUAUAUUACCAUUUAUGUUUAUCGAAGUAUUGACACGACUCCACGUGAAAACUAUUCGCAAGAACAGGAUACAUGGUAGCACACCCCUCUUUUUCCAAACUCACUGUAUUCUCAGCUCAGGCCAAGAGCGCACACUUUAACGCAGUGAGUCGCCUUCUUCUCACUUCCGCACACAUACACUUCAAUUUGAGACAAAUCAGACUUGUUUUCAACUUAUUUCAACUGUGCUGGCUGCUGAUCCUAAUUCAAUAUGUUCCACAGUGAGCAUGAGGAAGUAACGAGGCAGAAUUAGAGACUUUGUUUUGAAUCAGUGCCAACAGGAGGAUUGAAAUCUGCGUGUGAGCUGUGCGCAAUGGAGACCCUGGACCAGAACCACUGGUAUCCUCUCUCAUCGGACUUCAACUCCUCUGCAACCGCUCACUCCCCCUUCCUCUUCUCCUACCCGAACCUCUUCAACAUCUCCUCCAACGUGUCCACCCAGAGCGUCCCCUUCCAAGGCAGCAGCACCCUCAUGACAGCGGUCAUCUCCCUUACCGUGUUCGUGGUGGGUCUGAUCGGCAACACUCUGGCCAUCUACGUGGUGCUGCGCUACGCCAAGAUGAAGACCGUCACCAACAUCUACAUCCUGAACCUGGCCGUGGCCGACGAGCUCUACAUCCUCGGUCUCCCCUUCCUCACCACGCAAAACGUGCUCUCUUAUUGGCCGUUUGGCUCCUUCCUGUGCCGCACCGUUAUGACUGCGGACUCAAUGAACCAGUUCACGUCUAUUUUCUGCCUCACGGUCAUGUCCAUCGACCGGUACCUGGCUGUAGUUCAUCCGAUCCGCAGCACUAAGUGGAGGCACCCUCGGGUGGCCAAGAUGGUGAACGCAGCCGUGUGGGCCGUGUCCUUUGUGGUGGUCCUGCCAGUGGUGAUCUUCUCUGAUGUGCAGGACACAUUUAACUCUUGCAACAUGAUCUGGCCGGAGCCGAAGGAUGUGUGGUCCACGGCUUUCAUCCUCUACACGGCCACAGUGGGCUUCUUUGGGCCGCUGCUCAUCAUCUGCCUCUGUUACCUUCUGAUCGUCAUCAAGGUGAAGUCUUCAGGAGCGCGAGCCGGAUUCACCAAACGCCGCCGCUCAGAGCGAAAGGUGACCCGGAUGGUGGUGGUGAUCGUGGUGGUGUUUGUGCUCUGCUGGCUGCCGUUCUUCAUCAUCAACAUGGUCAACCUGGUGGUCAUCAUCCCGGAGUCCAGCGCCACCGCUGGCAUCUACUUCUUCGCCGUCAUCCUGUCCUACGCCAACUCCUGCGCCAACCCGGUGCUCUACGGUUUCUUGUCAGACAACUUCCAGCAGAGCUUCAGAAAAGUGCUGUGCGUGAGGAGUAUGCGGUGCAAUGCCAACGGCGUGGAACACGGCGACCCCAGUGCACCGCGUACCGAGAAAACUACAGCCCAUGACUGCAUCCUGUUCUCACCUCGUACUGAUGCCCAGAGCAGCCAGAUCUCUCCUCAGCCUCCAGGGUCGCCUACCUCUCACACAGCAGACCUUCACCGCUCCACCCCUACAUGCCAAUUUGCCUCCACUUGCCCAAGAAUCGAAUCCACAGUAACCUCCACGGCAGCCUCUACGGUGACCUCCAUGGUAACAGCGGCUGAAGCUCCUACUAUCACUGCCCUGACCAGACCCUCCUCCUCUGCCUCCAUUGCUGCAAAGGAACAGUAACAAAUGGACUGUGAAUCUCAGAAAGAGUGCAAAGAUGAGCUGUAGAGGAAAUUCAUAAUCAAUCAAUCAAUCUUAUCAACAUUUAAAAACAUUAAAGUAAAAACAAGAAAACCCAUCCCUCCCACCCUCGAUAUGUACAUAUAUACACGCAACUACACAUACACGCACACACACACGCACGCACGCACACACACACGCACACACGCACGCACGCACACACACACACACGCACACACAACAUUUUCAUCACUGACAGUAGGGAGUCAUGGCAUGGCACUGAGGAUCGUGGAAAACGCCUCCAUUGGGGUCGUCCACACUGAGAGGAGCCGCAGGCCAUGAUCGCCAGGGGUGCCGGCACCCGGACCCCCCGGCCCCAACAGACAAAGGGACCCCCACACCGAGGUGGGGAGCCCCCCCAACCAGCCGGGCCGAAGCGACCCAUGGACAGCACCCCCAGCAGCAGACCAGAUACAGGCCUCAGUGUGGAGGACCCCCCCAGAGGAAACACUGGAGUUAAAAAACUAAAAAUUUUAAACUAUAAGAUAGAAUAAAAGACCUGUUGUAAGAUAAGUAAGAGGUGAAAAUUUAAAAGUGUAAAAAUACAUAAGAUAAAUAAUGAUAAGAAUGUAAGAAGAAUUGAAAAGGUCAGUUAAAAGCCUGAUUAAAAAGGUGCGUCUUUAACCUUCUUUUAAAAACAUGGACAGUCUCUGCAGUUCUGAGGUUCUCCAGCAGGCUGUUCCACAGGUGGGGGCCAUAGUGGCUAAAUGCCGCCUCGCUGUGGGUUUUAAUUCUGGCUUCUGGUAUAGUUAAAAAGCCACUGCCGGAGGACCUCAGGAUCUGCGAGGGUUGAUAUGUUAAAAGAAGAUCAGAUAAAAAAGAAAGUGCAAGCAAGGCUGUUAAGACUUUUAAAAACUAGUACGAAGAACCUUAAAAUCGAUCCUGAAGCAAACGGGGAGCCAAUGCAGGGACUUCAAAACUGGGCCUGCCCUCUGGUCCUCAUCAGCACGCGUGCAGCUGAGUUUUGUAAUAACUGUAGAUUUAAAAUACUCUUUUCAGGAAGACCAGAGAGCAGGGCAUUACAAUAGUCUAAACGAUGAGAUAAAAGCAUGCAUUAGCACCUCCGUGCUGGCCUGAGAAAGAAAUGGGCAGACUCUGGCUAUAUUCUUAAGAUGAUAAAAACUUUUUUUGUUACAUUUUUAAUAUGUGGGAUAAAAUUCAGCUCAGAGUCAAAAAUCAUGCCUAGGUUUUUUACGGAUUGUACUGGUUUAAAAUCUUGUAGUUUAGUAUAAUGUGAGACUAUAGAAAGGGAAGCAGAGAGGUUGGAUUAGAUGAACUUUUCUGUGUAUACAAAUGGAAAAAUCCAUUCCUUAGACUAUUUUUCUUUCACUUGCAUACUCAUAUUCAAAAGGCAUUGCAACAAUUAUCACCAUAUUGGUGAAACCCUAAUGCAUAUUUUUUUUACAGAACACCAUUUCUCUGACAAAAGUGCCUUUUCAGCUGCUCUUGGCAAUCAUCACAACUUCUCAGUGAGCGCAGUAACAUCACAACCCUCCCCUUUGUAAAUCCAUGUCAUGUAGCAUGCAAGAAUGUAAUUAAAUUUUCAGAACCAAAAAAAGCCAUUGGGGACUCAAUAGAUUCCUUGCAGCAGCCUAAUACUGGAAGUUUGGUUUGGCAUUACAGGGGUUUUUAAUGCAACAUAAGUGAAGUAUUUUCAGAUCAAAAUCUUGCCUACUACAGCUUUAAUCAACCAGUACAAUGUAAUGAUUCCGUUUUUUUUUCAUUUCAACCUCUCACUAAUUUCUGAUUACUUAGUUAAAGGGCCAGAUUAUGCUGAAACUGUACUCCACCAUCUGUACAGCAUUGUAGUCUGCUGUGGUCCUAUUCAUUUACUGUUUGUUAUUUUGAUAAAAUGUAAAUUUGCUAACUCUUUGUCUGACUCAAUGCCCUUCUGUAACCACAUGUCCAGCAGUGAACACAAAACCUCUGACCUCGUUGUAAAUACACCUCUUACGUUGUGUCCUUGUACGCUUGUGUGUCACGUGCAGUGAAGGCAUGUGCAAUUGUUGCUGUUUUGCAUAUAACUAUGUGUUUGUUUUCUUGUUGCAAAAGCCGCAACAAAUCCAGAGUUUAUAGCAGAAUAUAUUGUUGCCGGUGUUACUGUGUGCUUUGUUCAGU